CUCCCUCGGCUUUCCUUCGAGGUGAGUCGGGUGAGCCGUUAGUGUCGUUGCCGUUGCGAGAGAAUGGUGAUUGUGAUGUGCAUCGCGGACGAGCGCGCACCCUGAAGGACGGUAAAGUACGCGCAUAAUUACCCGGAGGCGUCUCCCUCUAGACAGCCACCCCAGUGACCGAUUCGACCGUCUUCGACGAGUUCCCCGUCGUCGGCUUCGUCCUCGUUCUUCAUCCUGGUGCUACUCCCGCGGGCUCGUAAUAAAGAAGGGAAGAAAGAGCGACGCGCCGCGUUCUCCAGAGCGUUUAUCGCGGUCCAGCUCCUCUUCGUCGUGGCACGCUUCGCAGCUUUUCCUGCGCUCGUCACGCGGAUGCCCGUAGAUAGUACCAGCACGUAGUCGGUGAUAGUAUAACACGUCGCGGCCGAGUGUGAGGUGAAGCUAACGGAAGACGAGCAGCCGAGGACAUAUCGUGAAACUGAGGACGAGAAAGAGAGAGAGAGAGGAAGAAAGAGACUCACAGAUAUUACCAAGAUGCCCUGCUCCGCGGUGACGCUGUCCCUCGCCACCAUAACCGGUAUCAUCGCCACUGCCCUGCUGGCGAUCGCCUUCUCCACGGACAACUGGCUCUACACCGAGGUCAAGCGCGCCCAAAUUCAGCAAUAUGCGAGCAAGCAUGCCGAGCAGAGUCCUUUGGUGGAGCACAUGAAUACGAAGUAUUAUUACUACACGAGGACUCAGGGAUUAUUCAGGAUAUGUUAUCCUAAAGAAAGACCACCGACAGUCGAGACUUAUUUGAGCCCCGUGGAGACGCACUGCAUGAAUAUCGAUUAUUUCAUCCCCGAUGAAGAGAAUCAAACGAGGGGUUUCUCUGACGACGCGAUGGCACGACUACACAUGGGGAGAUCCGUGAUAGCGCUAUUCAUGGUCGGUUUUGUCGCGAUAUUCUCCGCAUUUUGGACAGGAGUGGUGGGCUGUUGGAGAAGAUCACCAGGAAACAUCACCGCCACAGCAAUCUUGAUGCUAUUCGCCUGUUUACUGAGCGCCGGUGGUAUGGGCCUGUGGCAUGGGGUCGAAUAUUAUGAAAAGGAAAAAAUUGUCGGCGAAGAGUAUUAUCAACAAUGGAGCCCUGUUUUAAGGGACAACACGGCACAGUGGUACGACUGGUCGUUUUAUCUGGCCUGGCUGGGGGUGGCGACGUGUCUGGGCACGAUGACGCUAUUUCUGAUCGCGGCAUCUUGCCUGAGAAGGGAGCGUGCCCGCGAGCAGGCCCAGAACGUUCAGUACAUCAUGCCAGUGUACCCGCAGAAGCAGCAGUACGCGUACCCCGGAUAUCCAGCACCGGCGGCAUACCCGGGUCCGUAUUAUCACGGCUCUCAGUAUGGACCCUAUAACUACUGAAGGAACUCGGCCGGUCGGCGUCGGAGGAAAGAAAGCAUCCCGGGCGCGUUCACGCUCGCCAACGUUGUCGAACAUUCUCUAUCGCGUCACUUAAUCGGACGAGGAUCAAAAAUAUCCGCAAAAUUCAAGGGACUCGCCGAGAUCGAUUUGCAGUCGCGAUCGUAAGGGAUCGCUCGCCUUGAUCGACUCGAGUCGUGACUGCUUAGUCCGAUUUCAGACUUAAUUUAUUAAUCAAUCAAUGAAAUUAUAAUUUAAACGUGACUGCGAAUAUGGGAUAUUCGAUAUGGUAGUCAUGAAACGCAAAAGCAAGCUCUUCUCUUCCCGCGACAAAUCGAUCGGAAGCAAAAAUCCAGACAAAAGAAAGAUAGAGAAAGAGAGAAAGAUCUAAAAGACAUCCGGGAAAUCGUUCGAGAGAUUAAGGAUGUCUCUUGGACAUCCUCCCGACCUAUUUUGGAGCACUCGCGUCGUCUGGAGGAGCUCGACUUGCGCAAAACGGUUGCUCAAAAUCCGCCGUACUUACACUUAGGAGCGAGAUCAUUUUGUACUUGUUUUUUUUUCCAGUUUAAAUAAGUAAGAUAUCGAUCAUCCUCUCUCAUGCACACCUCUUAUGCUUCUGAGCGCGCACGCGCGCGUGUUAAUCGCGGAGGCGCGAAUUCGCGCUCGCGUUUGGCUGUUGCCGUUUGCCGGGCUUCCUCACAUUUCCGUAAACGAAUGUCAAAAACGAUGAUUCGUCAUCGGUCUCGCGCAAAAACGGGAGAUCGUUUCGGGUGGCCGUCGAGUCCGUUCGGCUUCUGUCAGGUGGACUUAACGGACAUUACACGCUCCGAGGAAGCUCGAUAAGAACAGUCGCGUGUCUUGUAAUUGAAAGUCGAUCGGGUCCACGAAGCUUGGCUCGCGUCGACGCCGCGUUUGCCUUUAUUUAUUUAACGCGAUCGCGCGAGGGGGAGCUCCAUCUCGCAGAGAGGACGGCCGUCGUCGAGUCGCGCGAGCGAAGCGGAAGGCGACGCGAAUACGGCAUCAUAUUCGUGAACGCUCACCUUGGUAGUACCAAAUAUUAAAUAAAUAUCUCGAUUAAGAUCGCGCAAGAAAAAGAUCGAAUCGCGAUUCUCGUGAGUUCGUCCCCGUUCGUCGCGAGUUCAGUUUAAUUCCCUCGGAAAAACGAUAGAUCUCAGCUGAAGGUAUUAAGACACGAAGAGUCAGAAUCGACUGACUGAUAUGAUUCAGAUAUAUAUUCAGAGCGAAAUCACAAUUCUGAUCUCCUUUGAAUCACUCUGUGUCGAAACAAUUUCAGCGAGAAUCUAUCGUUGGAGAACGUGUGAUUAAUGAAGAAAAAAAUAAUAUUCGUCCUGAGAGAAAGGGUUGAAACUUAAUUUCCCGGGCAAAUGCGAUAUCGUAAUACAUGCCUCAUGCGUGUAACGUAGAUGUAAACGUUUAUAUAAUAUAUGGUGCUGCUAUGAUCGUUACGUGAUAACGAUUCGCGAAGUUUGCGUUUAAUACGUAGCUCUCUUCAGAUAACAUCGAUCUGUAAGGUCUAUUACAACGAUAUCUCUAUGUAAAUCGUUUAAAAAGCAAAGAAAUAUUUCAAUUACUUCAUACACGACGUUUUGCCUUAAAUAAAUUAAAUCGAUCGUUCGACUAUUCGAGUCUUCCAUUUCCGCGUGCAAACGGCGUCAACGUUCUCCUCUAAUUUAUAUUUCGUCGACUUUCUCUUUGUAAGCAAGAAAACAGCAAUAUAUUUGUAAAAAGAGAAACAUAGAAUCGUUGAUUAUUAUCGCAAAAAUAUUAUGAAUUAAAUUUACCGUUAAUGGCUGCAAUUGCGUGAUAAAGCGCUAAGUAGGAUAUAGAAAUGAAUAUAAAUAUAAGAAAAUUUAAGGAACAAACAGGUAGCUAGAAUUAAAAGCAGUGAGAAUUCACGAUACCUUAGAUGUUAAAUAAUAAAAACAAAUAACAGAAUGUACGAAAUACAAUUUGACUCUCGACUCA